CAGCAAUUUUGAAUAAAAGGUUCAAUCCUUUAGAAUGGCUUUGAAAGUAGUUAUCAAAAGUGAAUUUGGCACGGGGAAUCAGAUGGACCUCUUGUCGACGGUAUUCACGAGGACAAUGAAGUGGAUUUGAAAGUAGUUACAAACAUUGCAUGGGCUGAAAUGGCAGACAGAUAUAAGAAACGAAAGAUGUUAAGACAUGUUCAUUUCAAAAAAUACUAUAAAAGUCCGGUGGAUUUUGAUAAUGCUGUUGCCCACCCGCCUAGUGAAUUGACUCCAGAACAAUGGCUUCCUAUUUGUCAAUUUUUCACUAGUCCGGAGUUUAUUGCUUGUUCUAAAAUAAAUGUAGAAAAUAGAAAAAAGAUGCAGUACCCUACAACACAAGGAACAAAAUCUAUGGCUGAGAGGCGUCAUGAAAAAAAGAAUAAGGGUAAUUUUAUUGAGACUUGGAAGGAAGUUCACACCAAGAAAUCGUCAAAUACAUUUGUUAAUCAAUUGGCUGCAUAGAAACAUGUAAGUAUUUAUUCAUAACUUUUAAAUAAAAUACUAUUUUAUGUAUCUUUAAUGUUUUCUAACUUAUAUUCUUAAAAUAGGGUGAGCUCGUUUCAGCUUAUGAAAAACGAGCCAAUACUCCUGAUGUUGGAAUGAGUGUACUUAGUGAGGUACUUGGUGAAAGGCAUGGUCAUAAUCGUGGAGUGGGGCGAAAAUUAAAGGGACAAUCAUUGUCGCGGAACACACAACCUACUCCGACUCAAGAUAUGCCUGUGGAUCCAAGAGUGGAGCAAAAAAUUGAUAAAUUGACCAGACUAAUGUUAUGGAUGUCUCAAAGGUUGGGACCUGAUGUUCGUCUACCUACUGAUGAGGAGCUGCUCGGAAUGGCAAUGCCUCAAAUGUCUGGAGGAGGGUCUGCUUCAUCUUCACAGCCAGCUGGGACUUCGCAAUAUCACCAAGCCCAGCAGUCGCCUCCUUUUAUGUAUCAUUUGUCAUCACCUCCGCAAAUGUCCCCUUUUCCUUGGAUGUCAUCGCCGAUUUUGCAAAUGCAAGUGAUGAACAUGCAGCAGACACCGAAAACACAACAGAUGCAACAACAUCUACUACAAAUGCAGCAGAUGCCAUCGAUGCAGCAUACAUCACAACUGCAGCAGCAUUCACCACAAAUGCAGCAAAGGUCAUCGAUGCAGCAAACAUCACAAAUGCAGCAACCUUCCAUGCAGCAGAUGGCAUCGAUGCAGCAGCCUUCCAUGCAGCAGAUGGCAUCGAUGCAACAGACUCCACAGAUGCAGCAGGCUUCCAUGCAACAUAUGUCAUCGAUGCAGCAAACACCACAAAUGCAACAACCUUCCAUGCAGACACCACAUAUGCAACCAUCUUUCAUGCAACACACACCACAUGUGCAGCAGAUGACACAUAUGCAUCAGAUGUCACAUUUGCAACAGAUGCCUUCAAUGCAGCAGACACCGCAUACGCCUUCGAUGCCAUUGAUGCAGCAUAUGGCACCAACGUCUCAGAUGCAACCAUUGCCAUCGAUGCAGCAAAUGUCUCACAUACAGCAACCAUACUAUCCCCAAAUGCCAGAAGUAUCACAACAGUCUUACUAUCCCCAAAUGCCAAAUAUUACAGAACAACAGUCUGGAGAGAAUGAUGAUACUGACGAUGAGGAUUCUACACAAUUGGGAUUAUAGUAUUGUUAUUUGUAAUGUUAUAAAUAUGAUGUUAUAAGUAUUGUUUAUUUGAAUGUUUAUUUUAGUUAUUGUUAUUUUAAUACUUUUAUUGUAGUUUGGAUUUUAAUUUAUGAGGUAGAAAAUACUUUUAUUAA